CGAUCUUCGACCACGUAUUUGCUCAUGUUACUGACCAGACAGGCUGAAUAAGUGAUGAGCUCAUGCCAUAAUGCGGAGACGCCUCUUACCUUGAAUCAACACGGCAACUCACGUCGUCUCUCCAAACUACAGGAAACCAGCGAUCACAUCGCCAAGCUGCGGUACAUGACUGCGAACCGAGGAAACGCUACAGCGCUAUCACAGCCACCGUUAGCUUCGCUCCCCAGUGAGCUCAACUCCGCCCUACGAUGGAAUCUACCAGCAAAACAACUGCAGCGCAGCCACAAGAAUCGAGGUUUGAUCAACAGCUGUCCGCUCCGGUGAAUGACGCGGACAUUUUGUGCAUGACAGAGGACAACUGUGGAGGGAGCACAGGAGUAGCUACCAGGCGGCUAGUUAGCUCGUAAAUGCUUGUUGCUAAGCAGCAGAGCCAAAGAGGGUUGCACUGCAAGAGAGCAACACCACCACGUUCAAGUUUAGCUUUUAACUUUUGCACUUUAACCACCGUUUUUUUUUCAUUCUAUAAAAUAUAUACGCAAUUUUGAGUGUUAUCGCGUUUAAAUAUAUAUUUUUGAAACUUUAAACGCUUGUUUUUUUACGACAUUGCCAAGUGUUUUGGUGGGACAAGAGGAGGCAGUACUGCCGUUCCGCAUCUGGACUCUGGGAGAGGAGGAGCGCUGACCGAGCAGCCGGCGGAACGCGCUGGCAUCAUGCUGUUCUCGGGGAGACGAAAGAAGCUGGGUAACAGCGAGCAGACAGAGCUCUAUGGUCAAGCUCUGCAGUUCUAUGGGCAGCCUCCCAUUGAAAACAUAUCCCUGACGGAAUUCGAGGCGUUCGCCGUCGACCGACUCAAACUUUUGAAGACAGUCGAGAAUUUGGGUGUGAGCUAUGUGAAGCUGUCCGAGCAGUAUGACAAAAAACUGUCUCAAGAGUUCAAGAACCUCAACUUCCCUUACAGAGCAGAGACCGAUGACAGAAAAGUUCAGAGCGGCCUUUCUGAAGGUGAGAAGCGAAGAAAAGACCACAUCUCCCACUUCAUUCUCAGACUUGCCUACUGCCAGACCGAGGACCUGAGAAGAUGGUUCAUACAACAAGAAGUUGAUCUCUUCCGCUAUCGCUUCAAUGAACUCAGCCCACAGCAAAAACUCGAUUUUCUCCACAAAAAUAACCUGCAAUAUAACACGAUCACGGCAGAAGAGAAGAAACUGCUGAAGGAUAAACUGGUUAACUCCAGUUAUGCAGUCAGUGGAAUCACUGUAGCGGGCCAGGACUUCUACAAAGUUCCCUUUCAAGAUGCCCUGGAUCUUGUGCGGACGAGGAAAGUCUAUUUGAAGGCCGGCUAUGUGUACAUCCCCCACCAGGACAUUGUCACAAUUGUGCUGAAUGAUUUUCGCACCAGGCUGUCAAAAGCUCUUGCGUUGACAGCCCGCUCUCUACCAGCAGUGCAUUCUGAUGAGCGCCUUCAGCCUCUCCUGAACCACCUCAGUCAUGCCUAUGUGGGACAGGAUUACAGCAUCCAGAAGAAUGUUGGAAAAAUCUCCUUGGAACAGAUUGAUUCACUCUCGGGCAAGUCCUUCCCCCUUUGCAUGCGGCAGCUCCACCAGGCCCUGAGAGAGAACCACCAUCUCCGACACGGGGGACGUAUGCAGUACGGCCUCUUCCUUAAAGGCAUCGGCCUCACUCUGGAGCAAGCGCUGCAGUUCUGGAGGUCAGAGUUCAUCAGAGGAAAAGUGGAUGCAGACAAGUUUGACAAAGCGUAUGCCUACAGCAUCCGCCACAUGUUUGGCAAGGAAGGCAAAAGAGCAGACUACACCCCCUUCAGUUGCAUGAAAGUGAUUCUGUCAAACGCACCCAGCCAAGGCGACCAUCAUGGAUGUCCGUUCCGUCACAGUGACCCGGAGCUGCUGAAGCAGAAACUGCAGUUCUAUAAAGUCUCUCCAAGUGGCAUCAGUCAGAUCCUGGAGCUGGUUAAAGGAAUGCACUACCAGCUGGCCUGCCAGAAGUACUUCGAGCUGACACACAAUAUCGACGACGCCAACUUCUCCCUCAGUCACCCCAACCAGUACUUCAUUGAGAGCCAGAAAGUCCUGGGAGGAGGGAGGGAUAUCAAACGGGAGACGGAUCCUCCACCGAGAUCACAGGAAAGCUCUGCUGCGAAAGGACCGGCUGCUGCCCGUGAGGCAGACGACGUGGCUGAGAUGACCGAGGACCUGGACUCGUUCUUUCAAGACGCCUGAUUUCUUGUUUUAUUCUCAUGACAGAUAUCAAUCGCUGUACUGGUGAUUCAACGUUGUAGCCAUAACUCUCUGCCUAUUAAAGAUGCCGUUUAAUGUUUUCUC